AUUUUGUAUUCGAAAAGCGAAAUUUGCAGUAAUAUGGUUUGAAUGGUAUCCAUGUCAGAACUAUUGUUCUGAUUGGCAAUGAUGAAUCUAUCUAUUCAUGAUGGCUAACCAGAGCAUGAUAAGGAUUGAGGAGAGAGAGGAUCAAUUGAGAAGGAUUUUGAUGUUCUUUAAUAUUGAUUUUUCAGAUAGAUUGAAUAAUGAAAGAAAUUGCAACGAAAACGGACGUAAUCCGGGUGGGGGAGUGGGAAUAGGGAACAAAAGCUCAACAUCCAUUGGUGAACCAAAUAAAUUCUAUUCCAAUUGCAAUUACAACAAUGAAAUCAAUAGACACACAGCGACAAAAUGUGAUGAUCAGCAUUCCCGUUAUCGUCAUCAUUAUCGUCCUAUGGAGCAUAAAAAUGGCAGAGAUAAUAUAGAUCAUCCUAACAGACAAUUUCGUCCACAUAGAAUUCGUCAAAUUCCAUCUCAUCUGCAAGAAAGGCCAGUAGAUAUUUCGGACUUUGAGUAUAACAUGAAAAACUAUGGCAUGGAGCGAUCAUGUAGAAAACCACAUUAUUCUACAGACUCCAAAGAAUAUAUAAGAGAGCCCGAGUUGUCGCCGAGACCCUCAUAUAGAAGUAUUGUAGAUAUUAAGAGAGCUUAUUCAAAACAUAAGCCUUAUCCGAGAUCUGAAAGUCACUACGAAUACUGCAAACAUAUAACUCAACCUUUGAAAAGGCCUCCUCCAAUUCCGGAAUCGGCAUAUGUACCGAAUGAAUACAAUUCCCAUUGUGAAACUCCUCAAAGACUAUACAGGUAUUCAAACAGACAAUAUGCAGAUUCAGAGCCGACUUCUUUUCACCCUAGAUCGGCAAGGAAGAGACAAAGACAAGCGUCUGGUUCUAUGGCCUGUGAAUAUCCACCUCUCUAUGGGCACGGCAGUUAUGAGUCAGAUAUCAGACAAGAUUAUGCUCCAUAUACCCCGGACUAUAGAUAUAAAAAACAUACUAACAGGAUGGCGGAUCAUGAUAACUAUCAUGGAAAUAGUCGGUAUGCCAAGUACGAUUACUAUGACCAAAGACCAAUAGACUACGAUUACUACGAUACUCCACGUAACCGACUGUCAUCAGUUGGUUCUAGGGACAAUUACUAUUAUGAGGAAGCUCAAUCGAGCAUUUCUCCAGGCCCCAUACCAAAUGAAUAUGGCUUUUAUACCAGCAGAGACGAUGCAUUAAAGCCAUCUCGUAAAUCCAAAUAUGAAUACAAGGAAAAAAGGUCAAAACCUCCUAAAUCAACAUUUCCAACGGAGUACAGCAGCAAUUAUCAAACUCCUUCAUACUCAAAGGAUCACCCCGAAAAGGUCUAUCGUAAAACUCAUACAGAGAAGAACUCCACUAGCAGAAAGUCUGUGGACUUUAGAGGUUUUGCGGGCCUUGAUGGUGAUACUGAGAUUCCGCAUAGAAUCAUGAAGCAAUCGACAACAGUAUCUCUAAAUAAAAGAAACAAUUUUUGUACAGAUAAAAGGGAAGGACAUACGGGUGUCCGUUUCUCGGGUGUGGAUAUACCAUACAAGCAGAAGGAAAGACGAAAUUCUUUUGCAGCCAGGUGCGAUUCACAACCUCUGAAAAGACACGAUUCGGGAUGUGACUAUAGAAACAAUGUGAACCGUGUUUCAGUUGCUUGCCAGCGUUCAUGCCGAUGUCAAGCGUCUCAAGCCUGUCUACGUCCCAACUACAGAUGCCUUUACGAACCACGCCGUUCUCACCGAAGAUCCUUAAAGCAGCGUAUUUCCGGUUUCUUGAGAAAGUCGAAAGUAUGCCUAAAACGAACGAAACGAAGGGCUUUUGGGUCCAAGCGCUAUCUCAACAACCCUCAGUCACAAUGUUGUGCUUGUGCCAACGGCUCAUCACCCAAAUCGAGGAGUUGCUUGGACACUAUAAAAAGAAGUGCUUCGCGACUGACAGUCCGAAAUAAAUGGUACUGUAAGCCACAAAAUGAUUGCCCAUGUGCUGUCAGGUCACGUAAUGAAACAUCUGUCAAAUGUAAUGCUUUCAGACAACAUGUCUAUCCCACGGUCUAUCGCGAGAAAUCCACCUGUGGAUUCUGCAAUGAGGAAAACUAUCAAAGGUAUUCAAUGCUGAACUGCGAGCGUGCAUGUCCUACAGGACGCUCAAGAGUUCCUACAAGCAGAUGUUGUAUUCAGAAAUGCUAUUCGAAUGAUGAUUGCCCGAGACCUUGUCUUAGUUCAUGUUCGAAGGUAAAUAAUUUAAGAUAUCCAGAAACUUGUGCGUGCGAUAGUCAGUUUUCAAAUGAAAGUUCCCUCACGCCCAGCAAUAUCAAUGUAUGCCUAACUAUUCGUACUGAGGACGACAAUUUGCUUGAACCACCAAAUGUAAUCACAUCAUGCCAAUGCCAAGAUGCCGAUGAUGGUUUCGAUCUUGGUCCUUGCAUUGUAAGCUCAAGGACAGAAUGCCGCAUCGUUGAAUAUCCUGCCAAUAACCGCAUGUGUGCUGGUUCGCCUAGUUUAGAUACUUUAAGGUGUCCGGAGAAUAAUUUCGGAAAUGUACGAAGUGCUUUAAAGGUUUCUUUUUCCCCCAGUCAAAGCCAAUGCUCAUGUUCACUCAGUAGUCAGAGUGGGUCAAGAGCCUCAAUAAUCUCAAAACCGCGACUUAUUUGUCCACAAUACAGUUUCUCAAGUAUGUCAAAUGCUUCUAGUCGGAGUAAGCCUCCCUGCAAACCUUCCCGACCCAGUCUUGUACGAAGAGAUCCAAAUGACAUGACACCUCGACCAUCAAAGAGGGUUAGUCUGAAUACGAAUUGUCGUACUUUUACAGACGAAACUGCCUGUGGCACACAAUCAAGCCAAGAUUCUUUCGUCGACAAGCCAACAAUUUGUAGAAGGAGUCUGCACAAGAGAUCCUGUUCAGAAAUGUCCAUUAAGGCUAACGGUUCAUCACGAAUCUGUGUGAAUCCUAAACUUUCUGCUACAGUAUUUCAGCCCCAAGUGACCGCUUUCAAUGGAAAUGUCAUAAAUUGUUCUCCCCGGAAGAGCGGUUCAACAACAAGUAUCAGUUCAGGGAAAAAUUCAUUAGCAAUUCGAAACAGUAGUAGCAACAAUUCACAAAAGAAAACCGCGUCAGGUUGUCACUGUCCUCCAAAACACAACUCACAGGAAAAAGUUAUGGCUUGUCACAAAAAUACCGAACCCAACUGCUCUACGAAGGACACUCAAAAGUUACCCACUGUUUGCUGCAACCCCGAAUGUCCAAGUCAAGUCACUGAAGUGGAGGCGAAUGUCUGCCCUCAGCGCAGUGCUAUUGAGGAAUUGAAAAAGGAAUUGCUACUAAAACUGCAAGGAAAUCAAGGGCCAGGCCUGAUGCCAACACCGCAAGUAAUGUUCCUUCCUUGCGUUCCAGAUGCCUUCUGCCAAAUGAAUGGUGUGGUAGAUAAUCCAUUUGGAAAAUCAUACACGAAAUCCAUAAUGUGCUGGGGACAGUACUCUCAAUCGCCUCGACCCACGUAGUUCAAGAUAUGUGGAAACUCAUGAUAAUCAGUCAACAAGAAAUAUAUUUUCCUUUCUUAAAUU